AUGGGGGUGACCGUCGAAGAACUGGACCGAGCCGUUAGCCGCUUAAAAGCCCGGAACACAGCACCGGGGCCCGAUGGAAUCCCGGGUUGGGUCUUAGUGCUGAGUCUGGCUGCCCUGGGGGACAGGCUCAGGCAGCUGUUUACCAGGUGUCUGCGCUGUGCCACGUUCCCCACAGCCUGGAAAGAAGCAAGGCUGGUCCUCUUGAAGAAGGAGGGCAGGGCCGCUGAUUCUCCCUCUGCGUACCGCCCCAUAUGCCUGUUGGACGAGAUUGGAAAAUUAUUCGAGAGGAUAGUUGCCGGUCGGCUCAAUAGGCAUCUGUCGCGCGUCGGUCCCGAUUUGGCCGAUAGCCAGUUUGGGUUCCGACGGGAGCGUUCCACUAUAGAUGCGAUUAUGCGCGUCCGCUCCCUAUCGGAACAAGCAAUAUCCCAGGGUGGCGUGGCGUUGGCGGUAAGCCUAGAUAUCGUAAACGCCUUUAACUCCCUACCCUGGGAUGCAAUCAAGAGGGCACUGGCACAUCAUCAGGUGCCCCCUUACCUGCAAGGUAUUAUCGGGGACUACUUGCGCGACAGGUACAUUCUGUACAUGGGGCAAGAUGGCAGAAAGAUCCGGAGGGAGAUCAAACGUGGGGUUCCACAGGGCUCGGUGAUGGGGCCGCUACUAUGGAAUCUCGCCUAUGAUGCGGUUCUGCGAAUCGAUCUUCCCGCUGGUGUAGAUCGUCUGCUAUGCUGA